CUAAUCUGUGUUCAUGAUUUAGACAGCCUGCCGGUAUUGACAGCACUUCUUCACACUCUCUCCAUUGAUUGUCUGUGUGUUGUUUGUUUUUUUGGAGUAUUUGGAUGGCACAUUUUAAGGUGAAAGGGAUUCCCACAACUGGGAAAAGUCCAAGAGUGUGUCCUGGAACAGAGUGAGGAGAGGAGGAGGGAAGAUAGCAGCAGUUUUUGCCCUCAUCUUAGCCUCUGCAGGCGUUUCUUCUGUGGGAGAAUGGGGGCAGGAGCACUAACCAUCUGUCACAACAAAACAGCGGUGCAGGUUAAAGAAGACAUGAAGAGGAUUGUCCAGAUACCCAUACUGCGACCCAGGACAGUGGCAACCAAGCACACCAAGCUGUUCGGAGUAUCCCUGUUUGAGCAGCAAGAGAAGGGCCUGGUGGAGGAUGGUGUGCCUCUGGUGUUGCGGAGGAUGGUGGACCAUCUCCGCAAGCAUGCCUUGCAUCAGGAGGGUCUGUUCAGAGUGAAUGGGAAUGUGCGAGCUGUGGAGACCCUGAAACAGCGGCUGGAGAGCGGAGAGCAUGUGGACCUUCUCUCUGAAUCUGACUCGUGUACGGUGGCCAGCUUGCUCAAACAGUACCUCCGGGAUCUACCGGAGGGUCUGUUAGGCUCAGCAGUUCAACAGGCACUAAUACGUCACUACCAAGAGUGCGGUGAUGAUGUCUCGUGGUCAGAUAUGAGAGACCUGCUCCAGCAGCUUCCAGACAUCCACCAUAACCUCCUCCGCUACCUCUGCCACUUCCUCACCCUUGUGGAGUGCAACCACAAGGAAAACCGCAUGACUGCCUUCAACCUCGCCACUGUCUUUGGACCCAGUGUCUUCCAUGUGGCUCCUGGUUUCGAGGCAAUAAAAGAGCAAAAUAUCUGUAACAAGAUCAUGGUCAAGCUCAUCCAGAACUACAACAACAUAUUUGAGAGCGGCAGAGAGAGGGAAGGCUGCACAGAAGAGCUGUCGACCCUUAUUAUUGUCAAGGAGGCGCACGUGACAGACACAGAGAAGUCAUCCAGCCUUCCCAGUGCACAGACACCAACGCCAGUUCCCAGGACAAAGGUUGGACUUAAAAACCUGCCGCAAAAUGCAGAACCUCUCGAGCAAUCCUCCACUAACACUCCAAAGGCGAGGCCAAGGAAAAGAAAGGUGAGGAAAGGGAAGAGUGACGGCAUGGCCCAAGUUAUCCCUCAGCCCCGUCGCUCUGCUGGGUUGCCCCAUGCGAGGCCCCUGUCCAUACCCAUAGUUCUGCCCCUGACCUCUGAGCUGAGGAGCCCCAGUCCGGAGGCGAUGGAUACAGCUCCCAUUGCACUGGCUCGGCAGGACACCCCGGACACUGCCUCACAACUCAGCCAUCUCGAAGUCAGCUCCUCUGGCAGCAUGGAGGCCCUCAGCAGCUCCCAAGAAGAAGAGAGGCCAAUAUCUCCUUUCUACAUGAGUAACCACCUCUCCCCUGUCCACUGCAGACCAGAUGUGGUAAAUUUUCUGGACAGGACGAUACGUUCGACAGUGGAGCAGCACCUCUUUGAUGUAAAUCCUUUAGGGGGUCAAAGUGCAGAGGACUGUCAGUUGACACUGUCUCCAAGUGUGACCCCAACUGCCCGACAAAGACGUCGACACCUGAGAGAGCAACAGGAAGAUGAGCUGAGACACAAAGAAAGAAGCAGAGCUGCGUCUAUCAGAGCAGACACCAACAAGGAGAACAUCCCGUCAAGCAGUGGAAGCAGUUCAGGCAGCGUGGGCGAAGACACAGUCAGCAGCGUAGACUCGCAGGGUGGCCAGAGUGGUCACACUGAGCGAACCUCCAAACCCAGGAAGUCGAAACACAGCCCGACACUGGUGCAGCUCACCGACAACCAGGACGCCCACGCAUUAACGGGAUGUGUUGGUGAGAGACCUGGAGCAAACCUCAUGGAGACAUUUCAGAAAGGGAACGACAUUUCAAGAAAAGAUGGUCUUCCUUCUCCUCCACAGACGUUCAGGAUGAAGAUCCAGGAGUCGCCCGUCACUUGUGACACGGGGAGGGUCGGCGGAGAGGUGCGAGGCUCGGAUCCGGAUUGCGAGAAGACGAGCUGCGAGGACGUGCCCCGUCUGGACCUGACAGCGCUUACUGAGGACAACAACUGGGGAGAUUCUCCGUUCUUUAACACCUUCCUUGAUUUCAAAAGCAUUUUUUAUCCAAGUUGUUGUGAUGAACCAGUCCCAGCGUUCCCGUCACUGCAGAGGGAGAGCAUGGACCGCGAGGAAGCUCGGCUGUCCCCUCACGCUGGGGGACGCCUGAUCCGCCAGCUGCUGGAGGAAGACAGCGACCCGAUGCUGUCCCCUCGCUUCUACGCCUACGGACAGUGCCAGCAGUACCUGGAUGACACUGAAGUGCCUCCUUCACCACCAAACGCACACUCAUUUGUCAGCCGCAGACGCAGUUCGUCUCUUGGAUCCUGUGACGAUGAGAAAGAGGAGCUGACAUCCGCCCAGCUCACAAAGAGGAUCCACAUACUGAAGAAAAAGAUCCACAGGUUCGAGGAGAGGUUUGAAGAGGAGCGGAAAUACAGGCCCUCCCACAGUGAUAAAGUUGCAAACCCAGAGGUGCUGAGAUGGGUAAAUGAACUGGCCAAGCUUCGUAAAGAGCUAAAAGAACACAAGCUGAUGAAGUCUGAAGAGGACCUGCCGCCUCUGACCCGUCAGCGCAGCAACACGCUGCCCAAAAGCUUCGGCUCUCAGCUGGAGAAGAAACCCCAGCAGGAGAAAGUGCCGAAGCCUCCGGUGGAAAGCACCCUGGAGACGAUAUCGAAGAAGCUGCAGGAGAAGAGAGAGGAGGUGAACCGCCCAGAGGAUAUCAAGGAUAUGACACGGGAGCAGAUCGGCGCAGAGAAAGUCGCCCUGCAGAAAGCUCUCCUCUACUACGAGAGCAUACACGGCCGACCAGUCACCAAAAGCGAGAGGCAAGUCAUGAAACCCCUGUACGACAGAUAUCGCCUGGUGAAGCAGAUCCUCUGCAGAGCCUCCACCAUCCCCGUCAUUGGCUCUCCCUCCAGCAAGCGCAGAGGUCCCCUCCUUCAGCCCAUUAUCGAGGGCGAAACUGCACUCUUCUUCGAUGAUAUCAAGGAGGAAGAGGACGGCUCGGAGGACGACGGAGACUCAGUGAAGACGCAGUUCACUGUGACCGUCCGGCCCGACGUCAGCGUGCUCAGCUUCCUGGACCACAUGGACGAGGAAGCGGACGGUUUCAUUUCGCCCGUGGACGAACUCUCACCCUCUAAGAACACGACAGACAUGAGGCUGUCCAACCUGCACUCCGCCACCACGCAGGAACUUGUGGAGCAGCUCCAAGAGGCCCGUGAAGAGAAGAAGAGACUCCGCAAGGACCUGAAAGAGUUCGAGGACCAGUUCUUUAGACAAAAUGGAAGAAAUGUGCAGAAAGAGGACCGCUCCCCGUUGGCAGUGGAGUACAACGAAUACAAGCACGUUAAAGCCAAACUGCGGCUGCUGGAAGUCCUCAUCAGCAAAAGAGACUCGACAAAGUUCAUCUGAGAACAAAUAAAAGACUCUUAAAAAAAAAAAAGGACCGAUGCUUAGUCUCUAGAGAUACAGUCAAACACAUCUCACCCUGCUGGAGAGAAGAUCUGAUUUUCCCUGUCGCUGCCGUCUGUGCUGCUCCCGGCUUCUGACUCGUAGGGAAAAACGGGUGGUUAAUCCGAUCCGUCGACCACAGCGGGGGGUUUUUUCCCCUCCAGAAGCCUGCGGAGAUCUGCCGACCUGCGACUGAUUCAAAGUGACACCAAGUCACCUGCUUCACCUGAGAAGUGCAUCUCCAACCAAACCUUACAUUCACAAGAGGACAGUUAUUUUUCCCAAUGACUAAGCAAGACGCACACAAAUAACCUGAAUCACACUUUUAUUGCUAAUAAUUUAUUUCUAUCUUUUUGAAUGUUUUUAUUGGAACGGAGAAGUUAUUAUUGUUUUCUCACGCUUUACUGUAGAAGUCUUAAAAAAAACAAUGUAAGUAAAAAAUAAUAGAUAUAAAAUUAUUGCUAUUUUUAAAAGAAGGAUUUUGCGAUCAAAAUGUUUGUGUAUUUUUUUAAGGGAGACGUUACUGUUUGUGUAACUUUAAUCAGCUUAACAGUAUUCACUAAAUGAAUAGCUUUCUCUAUUUCAGUUCUAACCAUCAUAUAAUGUCUGAAAUAAUCUUAUGUUGCUUCUCUAGAAGUUAAAUCGAGUAUUUGCUCACUAAAAGAAGUGGUUUUGAAUUGUAAUACAACCCAAAGACAGUGACUCAGAGUACAAACUGCGAACCAAAAUAGUUCAUAUUCAGUAAAACAGCUUAUUUUUGUGAUCACUGGUACUUUUUCAAGCAUCUCACUGUAUAUUUUAUGCAUUGACGUGCUUUCCCCCCUCCUCCCAUUCACUUAAUGUCAAAUAAGCUAUUCCUUGUCUUGGAAUCACUGGUAUGUUUUUGCUCACGAUGAUGAACAUCGACACGGACGUUUUGUGAGACGACUCUGGAGGACAGAUAUGACGCUAAAAGCUUGUUUUCCCAGCAGUCUUUGUUUCCCUCUCGUUCUCUCCAGAGUUCGUUUUUUGUUCUUUUGUACAUUGGAUCACUGUGUAUGUUUACAUUUCUGUGAGCGAGUACAUUUUUCCUUUCUUUCUCCAAAAUGGAUGAUUAUCAGUGUGAAUUUCGUUUUACUGAAUGUAAACACUGGCGAGGCUUAAUGAAUUUUGAGUGUGUACAUUUUAGUACAUAAAUUGUAUUUGUAUUUUGUAUAUAAUAUGAAUGAAAUCAUAUUUUUACUGAAA